UCUGGAUGUCAAGAUCAUACAGGUGUGUUUGUUCAUGUCGAUGCGCGGUCCCGGCAUCAUCCGAAUCGCAUUCCAUUUCCGCAACAGCAGCACUGAUGGAUGUUUUUGUUUUGUCUACUACAGGCCAGAAACCUCGCGGCAAAGGAUCGAGGAGGCACAUCGGAUCCUUACCUCGUAUUGACCCUGGGCGACGCCAAAUACACGACCUCCACGAUACCAAAGACUCUCGACCCGAUCUGGAACGAACACUACCAGUUUCCCAUCAAUAGCGCGCAAAGUCUUUCCCUCACUGGUAUUUGCUGGGACAAGGAUCGCUUCGGGAAGGACUACCUGGGCGAGUUCGAGCUCGCUCUUGAUGAGGCCUUCGCCGAGGAUGGCAUCACCGACCUUGGGCCAGGCUGGAUCCCCCUGAAGAGCAAGAGGACCGGAAAGAAGAGCAGCAUCGUUUCAGGUGAGGUGGAGCUGCAAUUGACCAUCGUCGACAACUCGAAUCUCGAAGCCACUCCCAGAGAGCUCUACGACCAGUUCAUUUCCGUCACCAAGUCCGCGCCUGUGCUUGAUACCGCCUCGCAAGUAUCGUCCACGCGCUCCAAGAACGCAUACGAAUUUACCAAUGGCGAUAGCGACACCUUGGGUAUUGUUUAUCUGGAGAUUGGUAAGAUCACCGACUUGCCUCCCGAGCGCAACGUGACCAAGACCGGCUUCGAUAUGGAUCCCUUCGUCGUCAUCUCACUCGGCAGACAGACAUUCCGCACCAAGACGAUCCGGCACAAUCUCAAUCCUGUGUACAACGAAAAGAUGAUCUUCACGAUAUCGAAUUACGAGCAGAUGUACUCCUUCAACUUUACCGUCAUCGACCAUGAUAAAUAUUCUGGCAACGACUUUGUCGCUUCCGUCAACCUUCCGAUCCGGGAAAUCAUGGAAAACGCACCAAAGCCCAACCCAGAAACCGGUCUCUAUCACCUGAAGGAUAUCCCAGACUACGCUCCAGUGCAGAAGAGCGGUGGCCGAUUCGCGAGAUUGGGCCUGUCUCGGACGGCCUCUGUUCAAAGCUUGAGCAAAGCCGCCAGGCCUGGUCUUUCUAGGCAAAACUCCACGGCCGCAAAGGAACCAUCGGUAGCUGGGACCCCUCUUCAGAUCGCUGUCGACAGUGCUCAGGAAUAUGGCCGGAAUGCCCUUCCCCCGCCUAGCCCGGCCCUGCUGUCACCUGGGGAGAAUCCCAUGGCGGCGGCGGGUGCGGCUGCUAUGGGUGGCGAGAUUGCGUCCCAGUCCGAAGGGGACGACGACAACUUCACUUUCUUGACUCUUCCUCUCAAGAUGAAGAACCUUGAGAAGUGGGAGUCCAAGCACAGCCCUCAACUCUAUCUUCGCAUCAAGUACAUGCCGUACCCUGCGCUGAGACAGCAGUUCUGGAGGGCACUCUUGAAGCAGUACGACGCGGAUGAGAGCGGGCGCAUCAGCAAGGUCGAGCUGACAACCAUGCUGGACACCCUCGGUUCUACACUGCGCGAGUCUACCAUCGAUAGCUUUUUCCAGCGAUUCCCCCAUAGGAUGGAAGGGGACGACUCGGAUGAUUUGACCAUGGACGAGGCCGUCAUUUGCUUAGAGGAUCAGCUAGAGGCCAAGUCGCGCUCGACCGUGCAGGGAAUGGUCGACAAGGUCAAGGAUAACGUAAAGAACCUCCUUCCUGGUCACGGCAAGGACUCUGGUACCACUAGUGAUCAAGAGGACGCGGAGACUCCGGCCAGCGGUUCGCAACUUACCGAUUCAACCCUCAACGUACCAGAUCUUGGCACCUCGGGUGAAGAAGGAGACCUGCUCGACCGUGAUGACUUGAACCUUUCAUCUAGCGGCGAGGAACACGUUGUGGAGAUCAAGGAGUGCCCUAUUUGCCACCAACCUCGCCUGAACAAGCGGAAGGAUGCCGACAUCAUUACCCACAUUGCAACUUGCGCCAGCCAGGAUUGGCGCCAAGUCGACAAUCUUGUGAUGGGUGGCUUCGUUACUUCCAGCCAAGCCCAGCGCAAGUGGUAUUCCAAGGUCAUCACCAAGAUCUCGUAUGGCGGCUACAAGGUUGGAGCCAACUCGGCCAACAUUCUUGUCCAAGACCGUAUUACCGGACAGAUCAACGAGGAGAAGAUGAGCGUCUACGUCCGACUUGGCAUCCGCUUGCUGUACAAGGGUCUCAAGUCCAACAACAUGGAGACGAAGCGCAUCCGCAAGCUUCUCAAGAGCCUUAGUGUCAAGCAGGGCAAGAAGUACGACGACCCGAACUCCAAGGCUGAGAUCCCCAAGUUCAUCCAGUUCCACGGUCUUGAUCUGUCCGAAGUUGCACAGCCUCUGGAGGAAUUCAAGAACUUCAACGAGUUCUUCUACCGCGCCCUCAAGCCCGGUGCGCGCCCCUGUUCGGCUCCUGAAAACCCUCGCAUCGUCGUUUCUCCUGCCGACUGCCGCUGCGUUGUCUUCAACAGCAUCGACACGGCCACCAACGUUUGGAUCAAGGGUCGCGAAUUCACCGUGAGGCGCCUGCUUGGUGACGCUUACCCUGAAGAUGUUGCGCGGUACGAGGGAGGUGCGCUCGGCAUCUUCCGCCUUGCGCCACAGGAUUACCACCGCUUCCAUAUCCCCGUUGACGGUGUUAUGCGCCAGCCCAAGACGAUCGAAGGAGAGUACUAUACUGUCAACCCAAUGGCCAUUCGGUCGGCGCUGGAUGUGUACGGCGAGAACGUGAGGGUGCUGGUGCCGAUUGACAGUCCCGUGUUUGGCCGCGUCAUGGUUGUUUGCGUUGGCGCCAUGAUGGUUGGUAGUACCGUCAUUACGAGGAAUGAGGGCGACGAGGUGAAGAGGGGUGAGGAGCUCGGGUACUUCAAGUUUGGUGGUAGCACGAUUGUUGUGCUCUUUGAGCCGGGCAGGAUGGUGUGGGAUGAGGAUCUGGUGCAGAAUUCGCUUCUGCCUUUGGAGACUUUGAUCCGCGUCGGCAUGUCGGUCGGUCACGCGCCUGAUGAGCCACAAUGGAUUCCUGAUAUGCCCAAGGACGAGGGCGAUAUCACGGCCGAGGACAAGGCCGAAGCCAAGCGCCGUAUCCAGGGCCAGGUUGCCGAGGAGUCGCCGGAGGACAGCGGCAAUGACGAGGUUCCCCCUCCUCAGGCGUUGGGUCCAUGAGGAAAUGGUCUCCGCCGUUUGGUUGGGUGGUUCAGAUAAUUUUGUGUCGACCUUUGGGAUACAAGUGUAUGUUUUUAUGCCAACCUGGUCUUUGAGCGCUGAGUUUGAGCGUCCUGCAUAAAGAUUUGUAAUAUUAUGAUU